AUGUCUUCGGUCACGGCCCAAGACAUUCCCGAAAAGAUCCCCGAUGAUUCUUCCAAGUUGAAGACUUUCUUGUCUAUUCUCCGAAAGUUCGUCGGAGUGGCCGACAUCGCGUCUGUUCGUUUCUCAUUGCCUGCGCAUCUUUUAGAACCGACUCCCAAUCUAGAAUACUGGAAUUACCUAGACAGACCGGAGGCCUUUGCAAGCAUUGGUCAAUCAGAGGAUCCGCUGGGACGGACGCUAGAGGUUCUGAGAUUCUGGUUUACCAAAGACCUGAAAUACAUUAAGGGCAAACCAUGCAAGCCGUACAAUUCUACAUUGGGAGAGUUCUUCAGGUGUAGCUGGGAAGUAGACCAGACACUCCCAGAAGUGACGCCGGCUUCUAAAGCGGGCACAAUAGAUGCCGUCCCUAGCGUGAAGAAUGGCAGCGGAGAACCGGUCAAGGUAUGCUACUUGACCGAGCAAACAUCUCAUCAUCCACCGGUAUCGGCCUUCUUCAUUGACUGCCCAGACCGGGGACUCUCGGCUCGUGGGUUUGACCAAAUCAGUGCCAAGUUCACCGGCACCAGCAUUAGGGUUGCCCCUGGCCAGCACAACCUCGGGAUCUUCGUCAAUCUUAAAGACAGGGAUAAUGAAGAGUACCACUUGACUCACCCUGCGGCACAUCUUGGUGGCCUGCUUCGAGGGGCUUUGGCGAUUUCCGUCUCGGACACCUGCUAUAUCACCUGCGCCAAGACGCGCAUCAAGGUCAUUCUACAGUACUUAGAAGAGGGCUGGAUCGGUCGGGCGCAAAAUAAGGUUGAAGGCGUUAUCUUUCGGUACGAUCCUGAUAAGGAUGUCAUCACGAGAAUUAAGGACGUUCCCGAAACCGAUGUUCUGGCUAGGAUCGGCGGUUCGUGGCAUGGGCAAGUCUUCUACACACUGGCCGGCACAAGUGAUCCUCGACCUUUGAUUGAUGUCACCCCUCUUUUCCCGGUCGCAAAGACGCUGCCUCCCGAGGAGAGCCAACUUUCCAACGAAUCCCGCAAGUUCUGGUCUUUAGUCACCGAGGCGAUACUCGACAAGAGGUAUGGCCAGGCCACCAAGCUCAAGCAGGACAUCGAGGAACGGCAACGGCAAAGGGCAGCAGAGCGUCAGAAAAAUAACGAAGCAUGGCAACCUCGGUUUUUCACAGGCGCUGUCACGCCUUUGGGAAGGCCAGAGCUAACUGAAGACGGUUUGAAGGCGCUUGAGGGUGUACGCAGCGGCAAUUAUAAGUUGGAAGAGAGUGAAAUAAAGGGUGCAUAG